UAGGAAUGCACUUUUUAAUUUGUAUCUGUUUACAGAUUAUUUAUUCUCCAAUUCACUGCUUCCAUGCUCUGUAAGGAGGAGCAGUAACAGUUAUUUAAUUUGGGAUACCAGUCACUAUGUGGAAAAAACAUUCUGUCUUUUGCCUGUUGGCUUUGACUGUUGCUACGAUCUGUGUAGUGUAUGGACAAAACAGAAAGAAGGGACAGAAGCCAAGUUCUCUUGCAAGAAAAGACAAUUUCCAGGAUUCAGUUUGUUUCAUUGACAUCAUCUUUAUCGUGGACAGUUCAGAAAGUGCCAUAGAUGUACUGUUUGAUAAGCAGAAAGAGUUUGUCACCCUUUUAAGUGAUAAACUCUUCCUCAUGAAGCCCACCAGCGUUCGUAGAUAUGACAUCAAACUGGCCAUCAUUCAAUUCAGCAGCUCUGUCAAGAUUGACCAUUCUUUUGCGGAUUGGAGAGGUUUGCAGACCUUUAAACAGAAAGUCAAGGAAAUGGCCUACAUUGGACAUGGCACCUUUUCCUAUUUUGCUCUUUCCAACGCUACUCACUUGUUCAAAACGGAAGGCCGUAAAACAGGCAUCAAAGUGGCUUUGUUGAUGACUGACGGUGUUGACCAUCCAAAGAGCCCCGAUGUACAGGGCAUCUCUGAAGCUGCCAGAGCGCUUGGCAUCUCUUUCAUUACCAUUGGCCUUUCCAACAUAGCCAAUAAAGCCAAACUGCUUUUGAUAUCUGGCGAUUCUCCUGGGAAGCCUGUUCUAAUUUUGAAUGAUCCCAACCUUCCAGAUAAAAUACGGAACCGGUUGGGUGCUUUAUUUGAGGAGCAGUGUGGAAAGAGAUGUGAAUGUCAGAAGGGAGACCAAGGGCCUCCAGGACCAAAGGGUGAUCAUGGUAGCAGGGGGGAUAAAGGAGAACGAGGAUCUAAGGGAGAAAAGGGUGAGGCUGAGAAAGGAGAACCUGGAGAGAAGGGUUCAGAGGGAAAUCCUGGUUAUAAAGGCGACAAGGGUGACAGAGGGGAAUGUGGAACACCAGGACUAAAGGGAGACAGAGGACCGGAAGGCCCUUUUGGCCCAAAAGGGCCAAGAGGCCCUCAGGGAAUCAGUGGCCCUCCAGGUGACCCCGGUCCAAAAGGCAUUCAAGGAAAUAAGGGAGAACCAGGCCCAUCUGGACCUUACGGCCCUGCUGGAGUUCCUGGAAUUGGAUAUCCUGGACCUAAGGGUGAUAGGGGCCAGGAAGGAAGAAUUGGACUUCCAGGACCAAUUGGCAUUGGUGAGCCAGGCUUAACGGGGCCGCGUGGUCCUGAGGGAGUGCAAGGUGAACGGGGUCCACCAGGAGAAGGACUCCCAGGACAGAAGGGUCAAAAAGGUUCUGAAGGGCCAAGUGGACCAGUUGGACCAUCAGGUAUCUCCAUCAGAGGCGAAAAGGGAGAGCGAGGUAUAGAUGGACCACCAGGCCCAAUGGGACCACCUGGAUCUAGUAUCCAAGGCAAUCCGGGCAUUCAAGGUCUGAAAGGUCAGCCUGGUUUGAAAGGGGCACGAGGUGUGGGCCUGCCUGGACCAAAGGGUCAAGAGGGUGCACCAGGACUUAAAGGAGAAGUAGGACCACCGGGUGUUGGACUACCUGGACCUAAAGGAGAGCCUGGAAAAGCAGGAUUUCCUGGAGAAAUUGGGAAGCCAGGAUUAAUGGGAAUUCCGGGGAAAAAGGGGGAACAAGGACUGCCCGGUCUAAGGGGCCCAGAAGGAAUCCCUGGGAAAGGGGACAUUGGUCCAAAGGGUGAAGAAGGACAAAAAGGUACUCAAGGACUGGAUGGACCAAGAGGUAGUCCAGGUCCCCCAGGGCCAAAGGGUGAGCCUGGAAUCAAAGGUACAACUGGUAAUCCUGGCCCUUCAGUUCGUGGGCCACCUGGCCCCAAGGGAGAACAAGGAUAUUCAGGGCCUCCUGGCAAUGAUGGAAGUCCUGGACAUUCAGUUGUGGGACCUAAGGGUGCUCCAGGUUUACCUGGACUGCCUGGACUUCCUGGAGCAAAAGGAGAUGGCUUUCCAGGUGCACCAGGACCUCAAGGAAUGCCUGGGCUUCAGGGACCAAGAGGCCUUAAAGGAGCAGGUGAUCCAGGGCAAAAGGGAGAACAAGGACCAAGGGGACCUCCAGGACCUCCAGGGCAAAGGGGAAUUGGAAUACCUGGCCCUAAGGGUGUUAUGGGACAAAAAGGUUUGCCUGGUCCGCAGGGCCUCCCAGGAGAAAGUAUACAAGGAAGUAAGGGAGAGUCUGGAAUUCAAGGCUUACCCGGACCAAAAGGCUCCAUAGGAAUUGGGCUGCCGGGCCCUAAGGGAAAUUAUGGAGAAAAAGGAGAACAGGGAAAAAGAGGUAACAAAGGAGAGAUUGGAGAACCAGGACCUCCAGGACCAAGGGGAUUUUCAGGAGUCAAAGGAGAGCCUGGCCUGACUAAAGAAGAAGUAAUCAAACUCAUAAUGGAGAUAUGUGGUUGUGGUGUUAAAUGCAAAGAAAAUCCUUUGGAACUCGUAUUUGUAAUUGACAGCUCUGAAAGCGUUGGGCCUGAGAAUUUUGAUAGGAUCAAAAGGUUUGUGAAAACAGUGAUCGAUGCUGUCACAGUUAGCCAGGCGACUGCCCGUGUGGGCAUCAUCAACUUCAGUCUCCGAGUAGAGCUGGUGUCCACUUUGCAGCAGUUCUCUAACAAAGAAAGCUUGAAAGGUGCCAUUGAUGCUAUGCAGUACCUUGGGGAAGGCACGUACACUGCUACAGCGAUCAACGAAGCCGUCCAGAUAUUCAGGUCUGCCCGAACAGGGGUUAGAAAAGUGGCUAUUGUAAUAACAGAUGGGCAAGCAGACCGUCGUGAUCCCUAUACAUUGGAAGUUGUAGUGAAGGAGGCCCAUGGCCUCAACAUAGAAAUGUUCGUAAUCGGGGUGGUUCAGAAGACGGAUCCUAAUUUUGAGAAUUUUCGGAAAGAAAUGGAUGUCAUUGCUACAGACCCAGACAGUGAGCACGUCUACCAGAUAGAUGAUUUCAUGACUCUGCAAGCUCUCGAGGAUAAGAUCUUCAAACAAAUUUGUGAGGAUGAUUUCAGCUCCUAUAUCAGCCACGUGCUUAGUUCAGCCCUUUCUCCUGGAUCUGAAAGAAGAAUAGAACAUACAGGCCAGUUUGAAGUAGUUGCAACUCCAAAGCCAGAAUCUGAACCAGACUUGAUUGAUCCUUUACACCAUCCUGGGAUGCCCAGUGAGAGAGCAGGACCACACCCUGACUGGGAUCGCUUUGUUACUACAGCUCCUUCUAAGCAUAUCCCUGAUAGUCGCAGACGACCAGUGAUCCCUCCGGCUUAUGGUAGACGAGAGUCUUUGGAAUCCAGCACUUCCAUUCCAGAGACGUCUUUUGCAUCUAAUUUAACUAGGCAUGCACCACCAGACCUACAAGUUGUAGAUACUCAUAGAACAAUGGAUGUUGCCACAGAUACUAAGUGCCUGGAACCAAUUAAAACUGGAGAAUGUCGCAAUUAUCAAGUCAAGUGGUAUUAUGCCAAGGAUGCUAAUUCAUGUGCUAGGUUUUGGUAUAGUGGCUGUGACGGCAACCAAAAUAGGUUUGAUACAGAAGAGGAAUGCCAAAGGGCUUGUGUCCGUGGCUAAGCAAGUACAUCAGGAUAAUAGUACAGCUUCUAUCUUUUUGUUUAAAAAAAAAUACUUUUUUUAAAAAAACAACAUAUAUGUGUUUUCCUUUUGUGACUUUGCAAAUGAUUCUGCCUUAUGUAAGUUUUAAUAGUUCUAAAUACAGUAUUAUUUUUUGUUUAAAAUACUUAGAAUGCUCCAUUUCUCAGAGUCGUUCAGGACUAUUUUAUUUGAAGGACAGCAUAAAGGAAUCAACACAGAGAUCCGUAUAUUUUCUUAUUGCCCGAGUGCUCAAAUGCAGAUCAUUUAUCUACUCUUCUUACAUAAGAAUUUUGUACUGUAUUAUGUUUUUCUCUUACAGAGAACUCAUGUUUUUACAAUGAAGCCAAAUGUUUCUGGAGGUUGCCUAAGAAUACGAAAAGAAACUCCAAAUGUAUUAUUACAAGUGCUAUUUCUGUAUCAAACUGAUAGUUGUUCACAGUGAAUCCAACAAUAGACUUUACAGGGCAGGAAUGACUUGGUGUGGCUCUCCAUAUGUCCUUGGCCUGGAAUUCCCAUCAGGCUUAGGGAGCGUAGACAAUGGUGCAGUAUUAUAGGAGCUGCAGUUCAAGAACAUGUGGAGGGACCCACUGGCCUGCCCUUUUCAUAAAGCAUGCUGCCUUCAUUGCGAUUAGCUUGACAAAAAAUACUGCUUAUACUUCCAUGUUUAUUCAGCUUUUCUACUGCCUAUGGCAGCAUUUCAGGUACAUUAACAUGUCUAAGGAUUUUUAUACUUACCUUUAUUUUAAUAUUAAUCUGGUCUUUUUUAUAAUUUGGGAAUGAAAACAUUUUGCAGCAUGGAAUAGGGUAAAUGACACCUCAAACUGGUAGAACCCAUCCAAGCACCAAAUGUGGUGGGGAGCCUGUUUGAUGGGAACUUUGUACAUAGAUUCCGUAAUCACCAGUACUGAUACCUAGGUGGGUAUACAUUCAACCAUGUCUAAUUUAAAUUAGACUGUGCCCCACCAGAUGUUACGGGACUGAAAUUCUGAUCAAUCUUAUCCAGCACAGGCAAAAGUAAAAAUAUAAAAAGAAAUGAUUAUCAUCACAUACUUUGACAGAUGUAGUUGGACUACAACUUCCAUUUUUUCUUACUAUUAGUUCUGCUGUUUAGUGAUAAUAGGUGCUAAGGUCAAACAACAGCUAAUGAGGCAUUGUGGUGCAUCUGAAAUGAAAUACAUAAUUUGCUUCUUCAGUGCAUUUACAGGAGCUGAGAACCAGCUGUAGUUGCAGACAAUUAGCCACACAGAACAACCACUGGCCCUGGAUAUGCUCACAUCAAGAGAGUUGCCCAGCUUGUCCACUGAGGCUUAGAUGCCUUACCUAGGUUGACUACUUGCAAGCAGGACUCUGCGGGCAGAUCAAGAGCAGCAUUUAGGGAUACAUGUUAAAGCGUAUUCUAUACAUUCUUCUAACUCAGGGCUCUGGUACAAAAAGAAUUAUGUUAACAGAAGAUAGGGAAAUGUCAUUGUCAGUUAUAAGGGAGCGUAACAAGGAAAAGCACUGAAAGAUGUACAUAGAUGUAUUUUUUUCAUACUGUUUUCCUUUCAAACUUUCUUACACAAAGGUACUGUACUACCCAAAAUUGAUGGACAAUUAUUAAAUUGAUCAUGUGAA